AGUUCAGAGGAAAUAAUGGCAGAAGUUGCUCCAGCUCCCGCUCCAGCCGCCGCGCCGGCCAAAGCAGCAAAGAAGAAGGUCUCCAAGCCGAAGAAGGCCGGCCCCAGCGUCGGCGAGCUGAUCGUUAAAACCGUGGCCGCAUCCAAAGAGCGCAGCGGUGUGUCAGCGGCCGCUCUCAAGAAGGCUCUGGCUGCCGGAGGCUACGAUGUGGAGAAGAACAAGGCCCGCGUUAAGACCGCCAUCAAGGCCCUGGUGGCUAAGGGCACUCUGGUCCAGACCAAGGGCACCGGCGCCUCCGGCUCCUUCAAGAUGAACAAGAAGGCUGAACCCAAGGUUAAGAAGCCGGUCAAGAAAGCCGCUCCUAAAGCCAAGAAGCCCGCCGCUAAGAAACCCGCAGCGGCCAAAAAGCCCAAGAAAGCGGCAGCCAAGAAGCCAGCAGCUGCUAAGAAAUCCCCCAAGAAGGUCAAGAAACCUGCCGCAGCCAAGAAAGUAGCCAAGAGCCCUAAGAAGGCUACUAAGAGCCCCAAGAAGGUGGUGAAGAAGGCUCCUGCAGCUAAGAAAGCCCCCGCCAAGAAGGCAGCCAAACCCAAAGCUAAGAAGGCCGCAGCUCCCAAGAAGAAGUGAGCUGUCCUCACUCUCUGAAAUGUCUUCCUCCUGCUAAAAGGCUCUUUUAAGAGCCACACAUCUGUCCACAAAGAGCUGAUUCCUCAUUAAUGAUUAUUAUCUAUCUAUUAAUAACUUUAGGUGAUGAGUUAGUUUAUGAAACAUGGAAAAUUGUG